AUGGUCAACGUCACGUACGAUAGUUCUGGGUCCUUGAUUGCCUACGACGCAGAUGGCGCCGAAAUCGUGUACAACCUCGGCGAUAUUGGGUUCAUCAUCGCCACCAUGGCCCUCGUUUGGAUCAUGGUACCAGGCGUCGGUCUGUUCUACUCUGGUCUGCUGCGGAGGAAGAACGCGCUGUCGAUGAUCUACACCUCGCUCGCCUCCAUCGCCGUCGUGUCGUUCCAAUGGUUUUUCUGGGGUUACUCUCUCGCCUUCAGUGAUACCGCGAGUCCGUACAUUGGCAAUUUGAAAUAUUUCGGUCUUAGGGGUGUCCUUGAACAGCCCUCAGUAGGGAGCAGUCGCAUCCCUGCGCUUUUGUUCUGCGUCUAUCAAUUGAUGUUCGCUGCUAUCACUGCUGCCCUCGCGGCUGGUGCCAUUGCUGAGCGUGGUCGCCUAGGCCCCGUUCUCGUCUUCGUCUUUAUCUGGACAACGAUCGUAUACGACCCCCUAGCCUGCUGGACAUGGAAUCCCAAUGGGUGGUCGUUCGUCCUCGGUGGUCUCGACUUUGCGGGAGGAACCCCUGUCCAUAUCUCCUCAGGAACAGCCGCCCUUGCUAUCUCGGUCUACCUCGGGAAGCGUCGGGGAUACGGAACCGAGCGCCUUGCGUACAAGCCGCACAACACCACCUACGUCGUCCUCGGAACUGUGUUCCUCUGGUUCGGGUGGUUCGGGUUCAACGGAGGCUCUGCCCUCUCGGCCAAUCUUCGCGCUGUGCAAGCCUGCAUCGUCACGAACCUCGCUGCCUCUGUUGGUGCCGUUACCUGGAUGCUCUGGGAUUACCGCAUCGAGAGGAAAUGGAGCGCGGUCGGAUUCUGCUCAGGAGCCAUCUCCGGCCUCGUCGCCAUUACCCCCGCCUCUGGUUACGUUGGUGCCCCCGCCGCCGUCUUGUUCGGUGUCCUUGGCGGCACUGCGUGCAAUUUUGCCACCCAGCUUAAGUUCCUCCUCGGUUACGACGAUGCUCUUGAUAUCUUCGCCACCCACGGUGUCGGUGGUAUCGUUGGCAACCUGCUCACCGGUCUGUUCGCGCAAGCCAGCGUCGCUGGAUUUGACGGCGCCACCGAAAUUCCCGGAGGCUGGCUCGACCAAAACUACAUCCAGCUUGCCUAUCAGCUUGCGGACUCGGUUGCCGGAUUUGCCUACUCCUUUGGUGUAACGACGAUCAUCCUCUGGGUCAUGCACUUCAUCCCCGGCCUCCGUCUGCGGGCCUCGGAGCAAGCGGAGAUUCUGGGCAUCGACGACGCAGAGAUGGGCGAGUUCGCGUACGACUACGUUGGCCUCGAGCAGGAGAUCGGCCACACGAUCGACACCGCAGGCGCGGCGGGCGGCAGCCGAGAACCCGAUCACCACCACGUCAAGAGCUCGAAAGCAAGCAGCGAGAACGAGAAGGCUUAG